AUGUCGUCGUUUAGGAGCUACGAAGACCCGGCUCAAGACAUUCCUACCGAAGAUAUUCUAGAACAGUUUGGUAGUGAUCCGGCACCGAGAAGACGUCACCAGCUGAAGUACAAAAAUGGAGAGUGCUUUGUAGCUGAAGAAGAUUUGGUUCAGAAUUAUCCAAAACAACGGAGCUUUCAUCAUUCUUGCAACGCUGGACCACUACUUCAUGAAGCGGAAGCAGCAAAUUCUGCAGUAUUAUCUUUUGAUGCAUACGCAGAAGAAGACGGGAUUGAUGAAGAGAUUCAUCGUAUUCGAAUUUUCAAAAUCAAUUAUCAUUUAAAUGAUGAUACCGUAACUGUUAAUGAACCAUUUGUCGACAACACUGGCUAUCUACAUGGAAGAAUUUUUCGCCGUCAAAAAGUUCCCGCACCUAAUCGUAUCGGUAAACCAUACAUUCAUUGGAGUGAUCUGAAUGUUGGAUCUGACGUAAACUUGUUUCAAACUAUUUACAGAAUUACUUCAUGCGAUGGAUUUACUAGAAACUUUCUUGAAGAGCAUGGAAUCAAGGUAAAUGAAGAUGAAGAACUCCCUGAAGAUCCUUGGUUAGUAGGACGUCGCGGUGCUCCACGAACUGCCCCGAAGCUCCCAGACCAACGAGAAUUCAUAAACAGACCGCCAAUGUUGGUCUAUCGUUGUUGUUGGCUAGAUCACAUGAACGAUUUCCAUGGUUGUCGUAUGAAAAGAAUUUUCAAAAUGUUCGUAUAUUGCACCGAUCAUACUGUAGCUCUCAUUGAAGAAACCAAAGAAUUUGAAGGACAACUGUUCCUGAAAAGAAUAGCCAUCCCGUUUCCAACGCAACCAGAAAUGCCCCGACGAGACUAUCGCUGGUGGGACAUUCGUCCUGGAGUUUGGGUGGAUGUGUUUUGCAGACCAAUGUUUGUUUAUGAGUGUGCCAACGACGAGACCAAAUCAUUCAUUCGUCAACAAUUUGGGGAGACUGAUUUUGCAAAUUACAGUAGCCAGAUUCUGGAAGACGGACCACCACCAACUCAGUUCUUCAAUUCUCCUGCGAUUCUUAAGUUCCGUUGUACCAUGGUAUUGAAUUCGACAAAAAAACACAUUAAUCAAAAUUUUCAGGUUGAUGCUCCAUCUGUACUGUACGGUCUUCACUUUAUAUUGGAGUAUGACGUCAAUCGGAGAUUGGUGAACAUUUCAGAAGAAGGACGGAAGACAUGGACCGAGGGAAGAGUGUUUUUGAAAGACGUCGACGCUUCUACAUUCAGUGAGAACCAAUUCGCACCGGGAAGAAUUUUACAAUUCUUCAAAUGGCGUUUCAAUUUGGUCCAGUCAAGUUUGGAAACGGACAAGUAUCUUCGUUGGAAGCAGACUCCUAGUCACAAAUAG